UUCAAAAAAUCGACUUUUGACAGACACUAUUUAUUUCAAAUAUAAACAAUCAUACAAUGCUAAAAUUAUACCUAUAAUACAUUUAUACGACUAGUAAACUUAUUUCUCAAGGAUGCCUGCAGAAGCGAUUCCCAAGAUAAACCUGAUCCCGCUGUCGGAGGUUAACGAGCGGGAGGCUAAGUACUUGCUUCGUCUGGCGGAUGUCACCACUAGUGGGGAGCUAGUUAAGAAAUCCGAAAAGGACUUCCAUCAAUCGGAGGCCCUCCGAGUCCGUAAGGAACACUGGGAGCACUAUUUGCGAUGCGAUGGCAUUCCCAGACCUUAUGUGCCCGUCGAUGUGCGAACUUUUAUUGCCAAAAUUCGGCACUUUGACGAUAUCGAGUCGAAGGGCUCGGUUAGCUGGACGUUGUCGAUAGAUGAGAGAAGCAUCCUUAACCAGAACAUAUUCCGGACGGACAAGACCAGGGACAAAAUGCGCUCCACUAAGGAUGAUCCCGGGGGUCACUAUGAAAACGACAUAGAGAAGUGUCUGGAAACCCUGAAACAAAUGGACACAAUGCUAGACAAUCAAGCUGAACUGGAGCUUAUGACCACUAAGGUCCAGUAUGAAAUAAUGGAAACUUAUUCGGAGCUCGAGGAGGAAAUAAAUCAACUUUUCAAUCGGCUCACCUAUCGAAUAAUGCACAUGCAAUCGGCUUAUAUGAUCACUGAGGAUAACAAAGUGGCCACCUGGAGCCACCGGACUGGUCCAUGGCAAUUGGAUUUGUGGGGUCUAUUGAACGUUUCCGUACUUUUCAAUCAAUUAGAAAUUCCAGUGAUGUUGGCCACUUUCGAAACGACUGGGGUGACAGUCCAGGUGCCAAUGAGCAUGCUGGUGGAUUGCAUGACCCUUCGCAGCAUUCACACCGAAUUCGAUAAUUUUUCGCAAAAUGCAAAGAGUUUUGAGCCGCCGAUUAUGUCAAGUACCAAUUAUCCCAAUGCCGGGAUAUUGGAUAUGCAGGAAUCCAUGAUCAACGAAUGGAUUAUGCAGCAGGAUCUCCAGGAGGAGACAUUGGCCGAGAUGUUGCACCGGCGGGAGGAGUACGAGGAAGUUAUGGCAGAUAUCGCCAUAAGGGUCGAACAAGCGGCCAAGGAGGCCAAGAGUGGCAAUGAGGGUAAAGGACCAAAGAUAAUUAUACCAAAAGCUCCGAGGGAGCCGCCAUUAGUGCCCCCCAACAUGUUCCCCGAUAUCUACAACGAUUUUCUUAGGAUAGAGGACAGCCAGAAUACGGCAUUCCUCGACGAGGUCUACCAUCCAAGGAAUCUACGCCUGUUUCCUGGGGAGAUCAAUUUGAGGGAGUGCAUCAUCCAGGGUGGCAUCUAUUCGAUUAUGUUUGUGCGGCGACCCGAUCAGACCGAGUUCAACAAGUUCAACAUUGUGUGGCACGAGGACGAUCGGCUGUUGCACACGAUGCCCGAGCUGGUGGCCGAGACGAAGCGCAAUCACCAUGCCACGGAAAUGAUGAGAAGGAGCCGGGCAACGUUAGUAACUCCGGCGAACGCCAAACUGGAGGAUUCCGAUCUGCCAUUCUUCCACGUCAGCAUCCAACUGCCGCCGGAUUUGUGCAAGUGGAGCGAACCGGAGGUGUGCCACUUUCUGACAGAGAUGCAAUUAGUUCCACCUGAGCCCAGACGCACGCUUGCCGAAUUUGGCGCCUCCUCGGAUCAGAAUACACGAGCAUCCACUGCAGAUUCUCGCUCCAGUAUUCGGCAAACCACUCGACUGUCCGUGGAUUCGACGACGAAUAUAUUUCGACCCACCAUCCGAAUGAUGCUCCGGCAUACCCGUUACAGUGGUAUAGGUAGUAUUUCCGCCGGGCUUAUGCUCAAGGAUUUCACAUUAAAGGACAGACUGCUUAGCCACCUGCAGGUACGGAACGUGGAGAGACAUGCCAUCCCGCGGAUAAUCUCUUCAUUUAAAUUUCCGGCUGACUUUCUCGAUGAUUUGCCGGAUGUGGAAGUAAGCACCAACAAAAAGGGUCUGUUUAAGCGACAGGAUGCUGAAGUAGUGGCGAAAAGGCCGGAGCUGGGCUUUGACUACGAGUCCCAGUUGGAAACACCAGAGCGGAUGUAUCCCUAUUUUCCGAAAGUGGAGCCGGUGCAACAAGCUGAUUCCGACUUAGAAGAUUCGGACGAACCUCAGGAGCUUACCCUUGCGGGUACAUCACACACCAUGCACCAAUUGAUCGAGGAUCUGAACAACAUCAAAGUCAAGUAUAGGGCCAAGCCAAACGAACUACUCAAUCAGCCCGACGAGCCGGAAAAGAAGCAGCCUAAGGAAAAGGUCAAGGAGGAAGUCGUCCCUGAAAACACGUCGACUCCCAAGAAGGACGAAAAGGAACCGACGCCUGGGAGACGAAGGACCAAACGUUCCACUGCUAUUAGACCAGAGUCGGAAUUUCGGGGCUCGGAUAAGUUUGAAGAGGUGACCCAUUGGACGACAAAGCACAUCAUUGAUCUGGAGAUCAAUAAGGUUACCCACAAGCUUACCUUUAAAACGGAUCGUCUGGGCAUUUUUGGACUCGCCUUUAAGCGGUACGAUCAUUUCCCUUUUCGGGAAUGGUCUCUGCAACCCAAUGAGGAGAAUCCGGAAGAGGUCAUCUUUUCCUUGGACACCUUCCAUGUACGCAUUCUUUUCUACAUCAGUGCCAAGGGAGUGCGUGGCUAUGUGACGGACAUAAUAAAAGGAUAUGCCGCCAAACCAGUAAAGUAUCUGGAAAUCAAGGAACCGAUUGUUGAUUUUAAAAUGUUGCGCAAGAUUUUCGUGGCGAAGAACAUAAACAUAUUCGCCGAACAUGACGCCAGUUUCUAUAUCACAAACGGCUACUACUCGAUGAAGCACGUGGCCUCUGAGCAGCAUACCUACAAAAUGAUGGCCCUGCACUGCAAAAGCAUGAAGUUCUAUCGAUCGAGCUGGAAUCGACUGGCCAAUCGCCGGGACAUUAUACUGGGAAUGAAGUUAGCCAAGGAUAAUACCGACUACUCGGAGGUCACGGUACGCAUUCAACCCGAAAGCACCACCUUUGUAACAGUCACAGAGAACUGCUCAGACCAAGAGAAUGUGAUAGUGCUGUCCUACAAAAAUACGUGGCGUAAUAUUGGAAAUUUCACGGACCUUCAUAUGGCUGUUUGCUCAAUGUCUCCCACUGCCUUGGAAUCGCGAAAUAAGGAUUCUUUGCUCCUUUUUUACGUUAAGAAAAUGCUAUCUCUAUCUCGACCGUUGAGCUUUUCAUAGGAUUUGUCUAUUUUUUCGAUAUCCAAUCUUGUAUACUGCUACCAUUCUACCUUUCACGAUAAGACAAUGGAAUAAAAACAUCAAUUAAAUGGAAUUGGA